AUGACAAUCACCAUUGCCGCCAUUGGUUGUUCGGGCCCCGUUGCGUCGGUCUAUAUCCAAGGCUUUCUGGCACACCAAACAGAAGAUGUCCGUAUUCGCUUGCUGACAAGACGACCGAAAGAGUUUCCCGAGGGUGUCGAAUUGGUGUUGGGCAGCAUGAUGAAUCCGGACGACGUCGCCAGCGCCAUGGAAGGAGUGGAUGCUGCCUUUGUGCUGACACCCAUGUCCACCUGCAAUCAGACGCAACCCGAAGUGGAUGCCGCCAAGGCCGUGAUUGCUGGAGCCCAGAAAGCACAAUUGAAGCACUUGAUUUACACAUCCGUCUUGGGAGCCGAUCAUCCACGGCCAAGAGUGGGAAUUCUAAAUGCCAAGUACGAAAUUGAAACACUGCUGCGCCACAGUAACUUAUCCUGCUCCAUUCUUCGCUGUGGCACGUAUAUGCAGGAUGCCAUUGAUCCUAGAAUCGAACUACUCAACAAGGGCAUCUACCUAUUUCCCAUCCGCAAAGAUGCCAGGAUCUGUUACACGUGCCAGAAGGACGUGUCUCGCUUUGUCCUUCAGGAACUACUGAUCCCCCACAAGAUUCUUUCAAAGCCACUCAAUUUCACGCGUGCUCAGAGUUAUUCGGUAGCGCAAGUGGAAGACUGCCUCAGUGCUGCCAGUGGACACACCAUUCGGGCCGUUCCCAAAUUUCCCGCCUUUUAUCUCUUUCAGGCAGCACUUCCCAUUUACAAUUGGCAACACCAUCGCUUCUCCUCAGUUAUUCCGCUUCUGGUGCAUUUUGAUCAGCACGGAUACACCUGUGAUGAUGAUGAUGAUGAUGAUCCGGAUACUACUACAACUACAGCAAGUCUAGUGGAGGAAACAUUUCCCCACUUUUCAAUGACAACGUUGGAAGAGCAUUUGGCAAGUUUGUGGGCACAAUAA